AUGAAUGUUUAUCAUACAGAAACACGUCAUCAAUUUGAAGCUGUUUUAAGUUGGUUACAUGAACGUGCAUGUUCACGUUCAUAUGAUCUUGGUACAAGAUUACCUUGGGAUGAACAAUAUUUAAUUGAAUCAUUAUCUGAUUCAACUAUUUAUAUGUCUUGUUAUACUGUAGCUCAUCUUUUACAAGCACGAGAUUCUUUUAGUGGUGAAAAAUUAGGUUCAGCAAAUAUUCUUCCAUCUCAAUUAACAAUUGAAGUUUGGGAUUAUAUAUUUUUUCCUGAAAAAUCUUAUUCAUCUUUAACAACAGAUAUUCCUUGUGCAACACUUGAUCAUCUUCGUAAUGAAUUUCAAUAUUGGUAUCCAGUUAAUUUACCUUCAAGUGGAAAAGAUUUAAUACCAAAUCAUCUUAUUUAUUCAUUAUAUAAUCAUACAGCUAUAUGGCCAAAUCAUCCAGAAUUUUGGCCACAUUCAUUUCGUGCUAAUGGACAUUUAUUAUUAAAUUCAAAUAAAAUGUCAAAAUCAACUGGAAAUUUUUUAACAUUAUUACAAGCUAUUGAAAAAUUUUCAGCUGAUGUUUUGUUUGUUCAUUUCUUUUUCUAUUCAUUGAAGGAUAUAAAUAUUU